AUGGGGGAGACAUAUUGGUUUUACCUUUGCCGUCAGUCUUCUGAUGAUUCAAGCUGUGAUGUUGUUCCAUCUAUAACGACUGCUGGAGGUUAUGCAUCUGUUUCUCUAUCAACCAGUCAUACUGUUGCUUCUGCUACAAAGAGUGAGGAAAUUGUUGCCCCUUUAACUUCGGAUGCAGUUGUAUCCUGUGACAUUGAUGACCAAGACCAGGCGGAAAGAGAUAUGGAAAGAUAUUUUCAGCUGAAAGAAAGAAAGGAGGAGCGACAAAAAAUGGCUUCACUUAUAAUAAAAGGCCAGCAGCUUGGAGCAAAACGGAUAUCGGUGGUAUAUUGCUCCCAUGGAGGAAUAGGACUGUCCAUGUCAGUACCACCCGAGACACCUCUUAAGUUUGUGUUUGAUUAUAUAUGCUCCAACAUUCAAGCAGAGGUACUGCCACCAAAAUUUGUUUUGAAAACAUCAGAUGAUCAGGAAUACAAGCCGACUGAUAAUUGUGCCUGUGGUGAUGUCCCCGGUCUGCUCUUUAUAAAAGAAGAGGUGUACAACUUCGACGAUACACUAACUAAUUACGACGAAGUGCAUUUCAUGAGCUGUUAAAUCUUGGUCAAGAACAUGGAAGACUCACACAGAAAACAACAACACAAGACUUGUAACUUUGUUAACCUCCAGUGAUGAAUGGUGGUUGGUUAUAGGAACCAUCUAUCUGUGCUUCUGGUUUAAACUGUGUUUCCACUCUAUAUGUCAAAAAGCCCUUAAAGGAUUUUCAUUAAACUUUGGUGAAAUGAACACAUUAUCAACAUGAUGUGCAGAACUGAUAUGUCAGCUCAAGAUCAAAACUUGGUCAGAGGUACCUUUUGUGUCGGUUCUGUAUCUCCUAUACCACUUGAAGGAUUUUAAUAAAACUUUGGUAAAAAAAAUUUAAAUCAAAUUUAGGGAAUAGUAAUAACUGGUAACUGUAUUUAGCUCAUUUAGAUUUGAUAUUGACAGAGAUAAGAAUGUGGUCAACUGGGCGUUCAAAGUAAAACAUCCAUUGCAAGAAUCUGGUUUUGAUGUUUUAUGGUUAUAUCCAGAAUCAGUUUGUAUUAAAAUGUUUAUUCCAAUAUUACCAACACGAUUAUUUUACCUGUAUAUAAGCAACUGGAGACAGGACAUGCAUAACAAAUUUUCUCUUUGUUUAAAGAACGUCAGUUGACAUUUGGAAUUUCUGAACACCUAAAUGAAAUGAAUUGUGUUAAACUGUGAAAUAGUAUUGCCAAAUCGUGGGCUGAGCGCGAAACUAUUGUAACUUUUUAUAAAUAAAGAACAAGAUACAAUAGUUUUGCGCUCAGCCCUAGAAAUUAAGACUGUCUUAUCAUUUAAACAUUAAAACUUGCAGACAGAAAUAUAAUGAGAUCUGAAAGAAAAUGUAUUUUACGUGAACACAAUGCUUUUGAACAUGAAUUUCUUGUACUUAUAUGCCCAAUUUGUUCUGGGUAAAGAAAAAUGUAUUUACCAUAAAAAUUUUACAACCAUAAUUCUUAAAACACAUCAAAUUUGAAAACUUUAAAUAGGUUGACUAUAUAUUGUAAUAAAUAACUUAUGAUUUAAAUGGGGAACAUUAGUCAGUUACUUCCCCUGAUUAUGUCCAAGAAGUAGAUUGGUUAUUCCUCAGUUUUUAUCAUUGACUUUGUAAUUUUCAAAAGCAAUAUCUUUACUAAAUUUCAUUGGAUUGGAAAAUGAUUAAGGACAGGUUAUCUUUUAGGGGUCCUCUGCUAAAUUUAGGUUGGAUUAAUCAAUUUAUUUAGAAACCUACUCAUAAACAGCAUAUUAAUUUUGACCAACCACAACAUGUUGGAUAAAGAUUUAAACAAAAAAGUCAGAGGAUUCCAGCUGAAAGGGACCUAUGUAAUAUUUGGUUAUUCUUGCGCUUUAUCUUACAACAAUUCAAGGGAAGUAACAAGCUAAUGUUCCUCAUUACCUGUAUGAUUGAAACGGUUUUAGCAGUUAUGUUAAAGCUAAAUUGUAAUAAUUUGUUAUCAUUGUAUAAAUGCAUUUGGGGGAGACAUGCACUUCUCUACAAAAGCAUCUUCUGUUUAGUAUAUGAAUCAAAAUUCUUUUUGUAACACUGUUUUACUUCAGGUAACCAGUGAUUCAAAUAUUUUUGAUUGACUUUUAUAAUAAUGUACAUAAAAUUGUGUUGAUGAUACAAAUUUAAGCAUUUGUGUUUUGUUUGGAAAGUAUACAAUGUCCUUUUUACAUGCAUUGCUUUGCUAUGUUAGUAUAUGUGCACUGCUUGUGUGAAUAUAGCUUUUUUCUUUUUUAUUAAUUAUUGAAAUGUAACAAUACUGUAAUAAAAACAUUACAGUUAACUUAAAGAUUUACUAAUACAACUGUUGUGGUUUAAAUAAUAGUAGAAUAUUUAAUGAUGUUCUCUUUAUUCAAUGAAAGCUGCUGUAUCAGAUUUACAGGAAACAAUUUUUUUCAAGAGCAGGCAAAGAAAAAACUUAUGUUAAUUCAAUCAUGGUAAAUGUAAAAUCUAUAUAUUAAAGAUUUUCAAUGUAAAAUCAGACCGUAAUGGGAUUUUUGUUUGUUUAUAAAGUUAUUACAAACUGAUAUUAAAUUUGCUCAGACUAAUUUCCAUCCACCAAAUAUGGAUUGCCCCAUGUCUUUUAUACAUCCGAAGAAUAUGUAUUAUGUUAUGACGCACGUGUCUGUUCAUCCAUCCAUUAGCAAUUUCGUGUCCGCUCUGUAUCUCUGAAACCCAUGAAGGAUUUCAAAGAAACUUGGCACAUAUGUUCACCACAGUGAGACGAUGUGCAGAACGCAUGUUUCAGAUGAUUAGCUUCAAGGUCAAGGUCACACUUUGGAGUGAAAGGUCAUGUAUGACUUUUCUGUGUCCGCUCUUUAACUCUUGAACUACUUUAAGGAUUUCAAAGCAACUUGGCACAAUGUUCACCACACUAAGGUGCAGAGCUCGUGUUUUUAUUUGGCAGAUUUCUCUUUUGAUCACUUACUAUAUUUUUUGGAAUUACUUCAUUUAGGCAGAUCCCUUUUUUGUUCUCAUUCAAUAAUUAAUCCCCUGCUGUGGCGGAGGGAUUAUAGGAAUGGUCUGCGUCCGUCCGUCCGUAACAAAAUCGUGUCCGGUGGAUAUCUCCUAAACCCAUUAAAGGAUUUUCAUGAAACUUGGGUCAAAUGAUCACCUCAUCAAGACGAUGUGCAGAAUCCAUGAGUCAGCCUUAUCGGCUCAAGGUCAAGGUCACAACUCAAGGUCAAAGGUUUGAGCCUUCCAUUGUGUGUCCGCUCUAUAUCUCUUAAACCCCUAGAAGGAAUUUUAUAAAAAUUGAGUCAAAUGAUCACCUCACAAAGACGAUGUGCAAAACCAAUGAGUCAGUCAUGCCGGUUCAAGGUCAAGAUCACAAAUUAGGGUCAAGGAUUUGAGCCUUCCAUUUUGUGUCCACUCUAUAUCUACUAAACCCCUUGAAGGAUUUUCAUCAAACUUGGGUCAAAUGAUCACCUCAUCAAGAACACACGAGUCAGCCAUGUCAACUCAAGGUCAAGGUCACAACUGAAGGUCAAAGGUUUCAGCUCUGUAUCUCCUAAACCCCUUGAAGGACUUUCAUGAAACUUGGGUCAAAUAAUCACCUCAUCAAGACAUGCAGAAUUCAGGCGUCAACCUUGUCAGUUCAAGGUCAAUGUCACAGCUAAAAUAAAAGGUUUACCCUUUCACUAUCCAUAGCAGUGGCGGGGGAGUUAGCUGUCUUUCAGACUGCCUUGUUCUUUUUGUAUGUCUUCUCCUUUUGUUUAUUAUUAUAGCUUAUUUUGAAACUUUAUUAUUGGCUUGUAUUGACCCGCUUGGUGGCGCUCUUGUUUUUAAAUGGUUAAAUUCUAUUUAUACAUUUGACAUAAAAGGGUAGUUAUGCCUCCCCCAAUACAGUGGUGUGGGAGACACAUCAAUUUACUCCUGUCUGUGUGUGUGUGUCUGUCACAAAGCUUGUCCACACUUUUUUUAAGUCGAACAUUUAUCACCCUGUAUUCACCAUCAGACAUAGGCCAAGUUCGAUUACUAUCUAAAUCAGCCCAGGCCUUGAAAUACUGAAAAAUUCUUGGAGCGCAUCUAAGAAAGCGCAUGCCCUUCGAUUAGUAUAUUGAUUAAUAAUGAGUGGAAUCAACCCGGGCAUGUUGGAAUUCUGACCCUUGAAUAACAAAAAAAAAAAAAUGUGCAUUUGUGCGAGACAUGCGCUCUUCUCAAAAGCAUCACCUUGGACUACAAAACAAGUCAUGAUUAUCACCCGAGUAAAAACGGCAACAUUGUCACUGGAACUUCGUUUUAAGAUCGGUGCACUUAAUGUCAUCGGGUUAUAAUAAAUUUUGUAUCUCCUUUUCCCUAUAUAAGUCUACUUGGGGCCACUAGGGCAGGACCACUUUCCACCACAGGGGCAUAGUUUUUUUUCUCAGUAUUUGGCUGCAAUUAGAACUACCAACACAGCACAGCUUCCUCAUUUUAUGAAACAUCAAAUCAAUGAAAUAUUGCAGGCUUUUAUUUCAUUUAUUUAAGAAUCCUAUAAUAAUUUCCACUUGCUCACAAAUAAGAAAAAAUAUAAUAAAAAUCAUGACACUUUCAACUUUUAAUCAACUAUACAUAUAAUAAACAUUUAUGUAUUUAAAUGCUUUAAAAACUAAAUUGAGAACUAGAGCCAAAAUGUAAUUGAAGAGAAAAGAGGGCCGGAAGGGGAAAAAUAUCUUAAAUUGGAAAAAUAUCUUAAAUAAAAGGAUAAUUGCUUUAAAAUUAUUUUCGAAUGCAGACUAUUUUCAUAAACAAGAUGGCCCUAGAAAGGUAUUAAUUGAUUAUUAAGGAGAAACAAUCCACUGUCGCCUA